AUGGAGAAAAUGAAAGAGAAAUUAAGACCUGAUAAUCUUCUCUUGAAAGGGGAGUUGCUUCACAUGAAAUGUUGUGCACAUAUAUUGAGCUUAAUUUUUCAACAAGGAUUAAGUGCAAUUCAAAGUGGGAUAGAGUCCAUUCGAGAGAGUGUUGUUUUCUGGACUGCAACUCCAAAAAGAGUUGAGAAAUUUGAGGAAACAAAGGAUGGUGUUUCUCUUUCAAGUAAGAGAAAGUUAGUUUUAGAUUGUAAAACUAGAUGGAAUUCAACUUAUUUGAUGCUUAUGAGUGCGAUUCCUUAUAAAGAAGUCUUCAAUAGCCUUAUACACAAAGAUAAAAGCUACAAGCAAGCACCGAGUGAUCAUGAUUGGCUUUUAGCAAAAGUGAUGUGUGAAAAACUCAAACUAUUUUAUAGUGUGACUGAGAUGUUUUCUGGGGUCAGAUAUCCAACUGCCAAUCUUUUUUUCCCAAAGAUUUGUGAGAUCCGAAUGUUGCUUCAAGAGUGUUCUAUAUCACCUUAUGCGGAGAUCAAGAGAAUGGCUACCAAUAUGGCUAAGAAGUUUGAACAAUAUUGGUCUCUCAUACAUGGAGUAUUAGCCCUAGCCACUAUUUUGAACCCAGGAUUCAAAAUGAAGUUGAUUGAGUACUAUUUUCCCAAAAUGUAUGGUGAUGAAUCCCCACUUGAAGUUGAGCGACUUAGGAAGUUGACUUAUGACUUGGUAAAAGAAUACAAGCCAUGUGAUGCCAAAGAAACCGAUUUUUCGUUGAAUAUUUCUGAUUUUGGCAUGGAUGUUGAUGAUUGUGGAGAUCCUUUGGCGGGCUUUGAUUUAUUUGUGAGUACCACUUCAACUGUUGAUACUUAUAAAUCUGAGUUAGAUUAUUAUUUAGAGGAGAAUGUUUUGCCAAGGACCGGAGAUUUUGAUAUUUUAGCAUGGUGGAAGGCGAAUGGUCUUAAAUAUCCUACUUUGCAACGAGUUGUUAGAGAUGUUUUGGCUAUACAUGUGUCUACGGUUGCUUCUGAAUCAGCUUUUAGUACCGGUGGUAGACAUGUCACUCCUCAUCGUAAUAGGCUUCAUCCGGAUACAUUGGAAGCAUUAAUUUGUGUCCAAGAUUGGCUACGGGAUGAGAAAUUAGGUUCUAUAUUCUAA